AUGGCCUCUCUACCAGCCAGCGCGCAGCCAAAGCCCGGUGAACCAAAACAGGCAUCCGUCGAGCGCCUCCUCGCCGUCCUCUCCGCAGACCUCACAAACCCAACACUCACCCCAGCCCAGCGCACCGCGACCCUCGAGCACCUCAAGGUCCACGGUAGAGACCCGAACGGUAGCGAUGCCAUCUUCACCAGAGAGGGAAUUGACACACUGGGGAAAUACGCCUUCGACCAGCCCAACUCCGACAUCUCGACCUCGCAGGAGGCGCUGCGCUGCCUCGCGAACGCGCUCCUCCUCAACCCGGGCUGCCGCCGGACCUUCGUGGACCUCGGAUACGCACUCAAGGCCGCCGAGCGCUUCGAAACCGCAUCCAUAGACGACGAGUUCCUCCUCUCGCGCAUCCUCUUCCUCGCCGCCUUCACCCCGCCCAUUCCACCCGGCCUGCUAGAGAGCACGCUCUCCACCUCCCUCGCCGCCGCACUCACCCGCCACACCACGGCCGCGCACACGCCGAUGCAGGAGAUGGCACUCACCGAGACGCUCAAGCUCCUCUUCAGCCUCGGCCACCACACCUCCUCCCCCCUCCUCCUCCCCACCCUCCCCCCGCUCACCACCCUCCUCACCACCCACCCCCUCCCCACGCCCCCCUCCAGGGCGUCAUAA